CGGUCACACUGUACUGGUAUUUCUUGGCUUCGGCUGCAAUUUGCCAUAAAAAAAAAAUAGAAAUAUCAAUAAAUUUCACAGUUAGCAAAGUGGUCGGACAGUUUUUCGUGUUGCAGUGGAUCAACACGUGUGUAAACAUGUGAAAGGAUCACAGGCAGCUAGUGGAAAAGUCCUAGACGUGCCCCUAGGGGCAAACAAAAAUAUAACCUCAAAGUCGCGACUCUUCGGCGGAGUCAGAUGCACCUGCUCGGAAAUUCCUUAUUCCUUCCAAACCAAAGUGUGUUAGCUACAUAAACCACCACCGUGUGCCGUGCCACAAUGUCGACCUCGUCGGUUGUGCAGAAUUUUGUGAAUGGGCUCAAGUCCCGGAACCGCAAUGUCCAGAACAAGGCCGCCCAAGACCUCUUCCUGUAUGUCAAAACGGAGCUGCGCGAGAUGUCCCAGGAGGAGCUGGCGCAGUUCUUCGAUGAAUUUGAUCAUCAUAUAUUCAACAUGGUCAAUGCGGCGGACAUCAAUGAGAAGAAAGGCGGGGCACUGGCCAUGAAGUGCCUUAUAACCAGCGAUGGUCUGACCACCAGAAAAGGCAUCUCCCCCUAUCUGAAUCGCUUGCGCGAUCUGCUGCUUAUCAACGAUGUGUCCGUCAUGGAAAUUGCCGCCCGUUCGCUGGUCAAACUGGCCAAUAUGCCGGGCUCUAAGGGCGCCGACUCCUUUGAUUUUGACAUCAAAAAGGCCUUUGAAAUGCUCAGCGGCGACAGACAAGAGUAUCGUCGCCAUGCUGCAGUCUUUAUCCUUCGAGAACUGGCGAUAGCCCUGCCCACGUACUUCUACCAGCAAAUUCUCACCUUCUUUGAGCACAUUUUCAAUGCCAUCUUCGAUCCCAAGCCUGCCAUAAGGAAGUCGGCAGGCGAGGCUUUAAGGGCCGCCCUCAUUGUCACAGCACAGCGGGAGAACACAAAGCAAUCGAGUGAGCCGCAAUGGUAUAAGAUCUGCUAUGACGAGGCCAGUGCCAGUUUCAACCAGGAUGUGGCCCCGGGCAAAGAACAGAAGGGCAUGACUCGCGAUGAUCGCAUACACGGCGGUCUGAUAGUGUUCAAUGAGCUUUUUCGCUGCGCCAAUGCCAGCUGCGAGCGACGCUAUACGGCGCUGAAAACGCUCUUCCCCAAGGCGCAUCACAAUAAAUUUCUGGAGGCCAGCAGCCAUUCGAGCAUGGGCUCACAGCUAAACACCUUUGUGCCGCGUCUGAAGGUACCUUUCAUGGACAAAUUGGGCAGUACACAGAUGCACAUGGAGGCGGAGCAUCAUCACAAUGGAAUGGCAAAGUUUGCCAGCCACAACGUUCUGGAGUCUGCCUAUGCCCAUGAGAUACUGCAGGCGCACUACACCACCAUCUGCGACAAUGUGCUGGAGCAACGCUUCUCCAAAUCCCCCUACGUGCAGCAGGCUCUGCUACAGAUUCUACCCCGUCUGGCUGCCUUUAAUCGUGAGGUUUUCGUGGAGAAAUAUCUGCAAAUCUGUGUGCCACACUUGAUGCAAAUAUUGCGCGGCAAGGAAAAGGAUCGCACGGUGGCCUACAUCACCAUUGGCUAUCUGGCCGUGGCCGUGGAGAGCGCCAUCGAGAAGCAUCUGGAGACGAUUAUGGCCAGCGUAAAGAUGGCGCUGCCUGCCAAGGAGUUGGCCAGCAGCAAGCGCAAGGUGCCCGUGGAUCCGGCAGUGUUUGCCUGCAUCACACUGCUGGCGCAUGCCGUGCGUUCGGAGAUAGUCAAAGAUGUGCGGGAUAUACUGGAGCAAAUGUUCGCCACGGGCCUGUCGCCGGCGUUGACUGUGUGCCUGCGUGAGCUGUCGGAGAAUGUGCCGCAACUGAAGUCGGCCAUCACCGAUGGGCUCAUUGGGGUGUUGUCUCAGGUCUUGAUGAACAAACCGGCGGCCAUACCAUACGCCGCCCUGCCACCCAUUGCCAUUGAUGGCUCGCUGAUGAUGCAAAUGGCCGAUGGGGCCACCACAGUGCUGGCCCUCAAGACUCUGGGCACCUUUAACUUUGAGGAGCAGAAUAUGCUGGACUUUGUGCAGCGCUGUGCUGACUACUUCAUUGUACACGAACAGCAAGAGAUCCGAUUGGAGGCUGUGCAGACCUGCACGCGGCUGCUCAAGCUGGCCGUUCAGUCGUCCGAGAGCAUGGAGAACUCCAAGACGCUAAGCGACACCGUCUCCCAUGUGAUUGAGCGUCUGCUGAUGGUGGCCAUCACGGACAUGGACUGCAAUGUGAGAAUCCGCAUUUUACGCUCGCUGGAUGAGACAUUCGAUGCGAAGUUGGCGCAGCCAGAGUCCCUCAAUUCGCUGUUUAUCACGCUGCACGAUGAGAUCUUUGAGAUACGCGAACUGGCCAUGGUCACAAUUGGACGAUUGUCCUCCAUGAAUCCCGCGUAUGUGAUGCCCAAGUUGAGGACCACCAUGAUUGAGCUGCUGACGGAUCUCAAGUAUUCGGGUAUGAAUCGCAACAAGGAGCAGAGUGCCAGGAUGCUGGAUCAUCUGGUGAUUAGUACGCCCCGUUUGAUAUCCUCGUACAUGAAUCCCAUACUGAAGGCUCUGGUGCCGAAGCUGCACGAACCGGAAUCGAAUCCGGGCGUCAUUCUGAAUGUACUCCGCACCAUUGGCGAUCUGGCGGAGGUGAAUGGCGGCUCCAACGAGAUGGAACUGUGGGCCGAUGAUCUGCUCUCCAUACUGCUGGAAAUGCUGGGCGAUGCUGGCUCGCCCGACAAGCGGGGCGUGGCCCUGUGGACGCUGGGACAACUGAUCAGUGCCACCGGACGAGUGGUCAGUCCCUACCACAAGUAUCCAGUGCUCAUUGACAUCCUCAUCAACUUCCUGAAGACGGAGCAGCGUCGCUCCAUACGCCGCGAGACGAUACGCGUGUUGGGGCUGCUCGGGGCCAUGGAUCCGUACAAGCACAAGAUGAACAAGGGUCUCAUCGACAGCCAAAAGGACAACGUGCUGAUUGCCUACUCCGAUGGGAAGGUGGACGAGAGCCAGGACAUAUCCACGGCCGAAUUGCUGGUGAAUAUGGGCAAUGCCCUGGACGAAUACUAUCCUGCAGUGGCCAUAGCUGCCCUGAUGCGUAUACUGCGUGACCCCACGCUGAGCACACGCCACACGAGCGUGGUGCAAGCGGUCACCUUUAUCUUCCAGAGCCUCGGCAUCAAGUGUGUGCCAUAUUUGGCUCAAGUGCUGCCCAAUCUGCUGGACAAUGUGCGAACGGCGGACAACAAUCUGCGUGAGUUUCUGUUCCAGCAGCUGGCCAUUCUGGUGGCCUUUGUGAAGCUGCACAUCAUCAGCUACAUGAGCGACAUCUUCAAGCUGAUCAAAGAGUUCUGGACGAUCAAUACGCCGCUGCAGUCGACGCUGAUCAAUCUGAUUGAACAGAUUGCCGUGGCAUUGGGCUGUGAAUUCAGGGACUAUCUCGCGGAGCUAAUACCACAGAUAUUGCGAGUGCUGCAGCACGACAAUUCCAAGGAUCGAAUGGUCACGCGAAGACUGCUGCAGGCCUUGCAGAAAUUUGGCAGCACUUUGGGCUACUAUUUGCCGCUGAUUGUGCCGCCCAUAGUGAAGCUUUUCGAUUCGCCAUAUGUGCCACAGCAAGUGUCACUGGUUGCCCUCGAGACGAUCAAUAAUCUCGCUUGCCAGCUGGACUUUACGGACUUUUCCUCGAGGAUUAUACACCCGCUGGUCAGGGUGCUGGACACAGAGCCCGAGCUGCGCGACCAAGCGAUGACCACACUCCGUUCGCUGGUCAAGCAGCUGGGCAAAAAGUAUCUCGUGUUCGUGCCCAUGGUGCAGCGCAUCCUCUCGAAGCAUCGCAUAGUGGAUGGCGAGUACGAGAAGCUGUUGAAUCGCCUGCAGAACAACAGCACUUUGGCGGAUGACUGCGGCGCAGGGGAGUUUGGUCUGCGGCAGGCCAAGAUCAAAUACAACGAACCCUUUGUCACGGACAGGAACAGCAACAAUCGCAAUCUGCAGGUCUCCACGAACGUGCUGCGCACCGCCUGGCAGGUGACACGUCGCGUCUCGAAGGACGAUUGGGUCGAGUGGCUGAAACGGCUGUCCAUUGGCCUGCUGAAGGAGUCGCCCUCGCAUGCGCUGCGUGCCUGCUGUUCGCUCGCCCAGGAGUACGACACGCUGCUGAGGGAUCUGUUCAACGCGGCCUUCAUCUCCUGCUGGACGGAAUUGUCGCCGGAGCACAAGCACGAGCUGACGCAGUCGUUGAUCCAGGCCCUGCAGGUCACCGAUAUGCCAGAGAUCACCCAGACGAUACUCAAUCUGGCCGAGUUUAUGGAGCAUUGCGACCGGGAUCCCAUACCCAUUGAGACGAAUCUAUUGGGCACCCGCGCCAUGGCCUGUCGCGCCUAUGCCAAGGCGCUGCGCUACAAGGAGGAGGAGUUCCUGCUGAAAGAGGAGGCCUCCGUGUUCGAGUCGCUGAUCCUCAUCAACAACAAACUGCAGCAGCGUGAGGCAGCCGAGGGUCUGCUGACCACCUACCGGAACGCAGCCAACGAGCUCAACGUCCAGGGACGCUGGUACGAGAAGCUGCACAACUGGGAUCAGGCCCUGGAGCACUACGAACGCAACUUGCACACCGAUUCCAGCGACCUGGAGGCACGGCUGGGUCACAUGCGCUGCCUGGAGGCCCUCGGCGACUGGUCGGAGCUGAGUCAGGUGACCAAACACGAGUGGGAGGGCUUUGGCACGGAGGCGAGGGCACGGGCCAGCCCACUGGCUGCAGUGGCCGCCUGGGGCCUACAGGACUGGGAGGCUAUGCGGGAGUAUGUGCGCUGCAUACCCGAGGACACGCAGGACGGCAGCUACUAUCGGGCGGUGCUGGCCGUGCAUCACGAUGACUUUGAGACGGCCCAACGGUUGAUUGACGAGACAAGGGAUCUGCUGGACACUGAACUCACAUCGAUGGCGGGUGAAUCCUACGAGCGUGCCUACGGGGCCAUGGUCUGUGUGCAAAUGCUGGCAGAACUCGAGGAAGUCAUCCAAUACAAGCUGAUCCCGGAGCGCCGGGAACCCCUGAAGACCAUGUGGUGGAAGCGUCUCCAAGGCGGACAGCGGCUGGUCGAGGAUUGGCGUCGCAUCAUUCAGGUUCACUCCCUGGUGGUGAAGCCGCACGACGACAUACACACGUGGCUGAAGUACGCGAGCCUGUGCAGGAAGAGCGGCUCGCUGCAUCUCUCACACAAGACGCUGGUGAUGCUGCUGGGCACCGAUCCCAAGCUGAAUCCGCGCGAACCGCUGCCCUGCAAUCAGCCGCAGGUCACCUAUGCCUACACCAAAUACAUGGCCGCCUCGAAUCAGCUGCAGGAGGCCUACGAUCAGCUGCGGCAUUUCGUCAACACUUACAGCACAGAGCUGAGCUGCCUGCCGCCGGAGGCUCUGAAGCAGCAGGAUCAGCGAUUGAUGGCCCGAUGCUACCUGCGUCUGGCCACCUGGCAGAACAAACUGCAAGAGCGUCUCGGCCCGGGGGCCAUCCAAGGUGCCUUGGAGUGCUUUGAGAAGGCCACCAGCUACGAUCCGAACUGGUACAAGGCCUGGCAUCUGUGGGCCUACAUGAACUUCAAGGUGGUGCAGGCCCAAAAGACGGCACUCGACAAGCAGCAGGCAUCGUUGCCGCCCGGCCUAAACCUCGGCGUGGGUCUGGGCAUGGACAGUGAUCUGUUGAUCAUCCAGCAGUAUGCAGUGCCCGCCGUCCAGGGCUUCUUCCGUUCGAUCAGCCUCAUUAAGGGCAACUCGCUGCAGGACACACUGCGACUGCUGACCCUCUGGUUUGACUAUGGCAACCAUGCGGAGGUCUAUGAGGCUCUGCUCUCGGGCAUGAAGCUGAUCGAGAUCAACACGUGGCUGCAGGUGAUACCCCAGCUGAUAGCGCGCAUCGAUACGCACCGGCAGCUGGUGGGGCAGCUCAUCCAUCAGCUGCUCAUGGACAUUGGUAAGAAUCAUCCGCAGGCCUUGGUCUAUCCGCUGACGGUGGCCUCCAAGUCCGCUUCGCUGGCACGCCGAAAUGCGGCCUUUAAAAUCCUGGACUCCAUGCGGAAGCAUUCGCCCACUCUGGUGGAGCAGGCGGUGAUGUGCAGCGAGGAGCUCAUACGCGUGGCCAUACUCUGGCACGAACAGUGGCACGAGGGACUGGAGGAGGCCUCGCGCCUGUACUUUGGCGAUCGCAAUGUGAAGGGAAUGUUCGAGAUUCUGGAGCCACUGCACGCCAUGCUGGAGCGUGGCCCGCAGACGCUCAAGGAGACCUCCUUCUCGCAAGCCUACGGCCGGGAGCUGACCGAAGCGUACGAGUGGUCGCAGCGCUACAAGACAUCCGCGGUGGUGAUGGAUCUGGACCGUGCCUGGGACAUUUACUAUCAUGUGUUCCAGAAGAUAUCGCGCCAGCUGCCGCAGCUGACGUCGCUGGAGCUGCCGUAUGUGUCGCCCAAGCUGAUGACCUGCAAGGACCUGGAGCUGGCCGUGCCGGGCUCCUACAAUCCCGGCCAGGAGCUGAUCCGGAUCAGCCACAUCAAGACGAACCUGCAGGUGAUCACCUCAAAGCAGCGGCCCCGCAAGCUCUGCAUACGCGGAUCCAAUGGCAAGGACUACAUGUACCUGCUGAAGGGUCACGAGGAUCUGCGACAGGAUGAGCGUGUGAUGCAGCUGUUCUCGCUGGUCAACACCCUGCUGCUGGACGACCCGGACACGUUCCGUCGCAAUCUGGCCAUCCAGCGGUACGCCGUCAUACCGCUGAGCACCAAUUCGGGCCUGAUUGGCUGGGUGCCGCACUGUGAUACGCUGCACACGCUGAUACGCGACUACAGGGACAAGAAGAAGGUGCCGCUCAACCAGGAGCAUCGCACCAUGCUGAACUUUGCCCCGGACUACGACCAUCUGACGCUCAUGCAGAAGGUGGAGGUGUUUGAGUACGCCCUGGGGCAGACGCAGGGCGAUGAUCUGGCCAAGCUGCUGUGGCUCAAGUCGCCCUCCUCGGAGCUGUGGUUCGAGCGGCGCAACAAUUAUACCCGCUCCCUGGCCGUCAUGUCGAUGGUGGGCUACAUCCUCGGACUGGGCGAUCGCCAUCCCUCCAACCUGAUGCUGGAUCGCAUGAGCGGCAAGAUUCUGCACAUUGACUUUGGCGACUGCUUCGAGGUGGCCAUGACGCGCGAGAAGUUCCCCGAGAAGAUACCCUUCCGACUCACGCGAAUGCUGAUCAAGGCCAUGGAGGUGACGGGCAUAGAGGGCACCUACAGGCGCACCUGUGAGAGCGUGAUGCUGGUGCUGCGACGCAAUAAGGACUCGCUGAUGGCCGUGCUGGAGGCGUUUGUCUACGAUCCUUUGCUCAACUGGCGACUCCUCGAUGUCGAUAAGAAGGGCAACGAUGCGGCGGGCGCGAAUGGCGGUGCCGCGGGCCGUGGCGGCUCUGGCAUGCAGGUGGGCAAUAGCGGCGACAGUUUAGGCAACUCUGUGGAGGAGUCCCUGCCCAUGGCCAAGUCGAAGACGUACGAGGCCCAGUUGCUGCUGCAGCAACAGCAGCAGCAGGGCGGAGGAGGUCUGCACAACAACGUGGCCGAUGAGACGAACAGCAAGGCCAGCCAGGUGAUCAAGCGGGUCAAGUGCAAGCUCACUGGCACCGACUUCCAAACGCAGAAGAGCGUCAACGAGCAGCAGCAGGUGGAGCUGCUCAUCCAGCAGGCGACCAACAACGAGAACCUCUGCCAGUGCUACAUUGGCUGGUGUCCGUUCUGGUAAAAUCAUCCGACUGAGCGAGAACCUACUACUACUAAUUCUAAUAACUAAACUCGACAAUUUUCUUCUUCUGUUCACCGACGACUCCGACUCACACA